UACGAUACCAGGUCUUGUUGACCAUGUUUCUGAGAUGUCUGCCCGAGAAUCUCAGGACUUCGCUGGCCAGCGAGGCUCGCCUCGAGUAUCAUUCCUUUGAGAGCUUCUCUAGAAGGGCCUUAGAUUUAGAGGCUACUCUAGGAAGUGCUCAACGUAGGACUUCCUCUUUGGACCAAACUAUGCUAUGUACGUUGGAUGUGUCUGAAGCCUUAAAAGAUUUAGAAAGUGAGUGGUCAAGCAAGGACCCUCGCGAAUCUUGGGUGGCACUAAGUAGAGGUCGUAGAGGGGAACAUUUCGUCGUGGAAGUUGCUGUAGGAGGCCGCAAAUGUGGUACCUUCGUAGACAUCGGCUCCACGCGGAAUUACAUAAGUCGCGACUGUUUGGAAAGGCUGCACCUAAAGGACCGGGUACAACACCUUAGUAGACCGGUAGCAUCUACUUUGGCCAAUAAGGAGCGCAUGGUUGUCAGAGACUAUGUCAAGGAUGUAGUCUGUACCUUCUCCUAUGGAAGAGGGGAACUUAAUCAUAAGAUUUCGUUCCUGGUUAGCGACGACUUACCAUUCGAUAUGUUGUUAGGAAUGUACUACCUUGAGGUUGCCAAGCCCCAGUUUGACUGGGACAAGAAGGUGCUAAAGCAUAAGUUGCCUGAUGGAAGGACCGUGAGGCUAGCCAAGCAUAAGGCUAGGAGGUUACUAGAAUCCUAUGGCUGCUUGUGUGCAUCAGCGUUCUACAAUUACUAUAAACAGAACCAAGAGGAGGGUAUGUACCUAGUGUAUGUCUCUGAGAAAGGGGAGGCCGUUAAAACACCCCCAGAGAUAGAACACGUCGUUGCUAAGUUCCCUGAUCUAUUCAAGGAGCCCACAGGAGUCGUCGAAAGGGAGAUUGUCCACGCCAUAGAAAUAAUUCCAGGGAGUAAAACCCCAGAGGGAAGGGUCUAUAGGAUGGCUCCGGCCGAGUUGGACGAACUCCGGCGACAAAUGAAAGAGCUGACAGAAAAGGGUUGGAUACGGCCAAGUACUUCCCCCUUCGGAUCUCCAGUGAUGUUUGUACCGAAGAAGGGGGGAUCGUUGAGGAUGUGCAUUGGUUACAGAGGCCUCAAUGCCAUCACAAUGAAGAUCGCAGAGCCUCUACCUCGCAUAGACGACCUAUUGGACAGGGUGCAGGGAUGUAAGUACUACAGCAAGAUAGACUUAAAGUUCGGCUACCAUCAGAUUGCAAUAAGACCUGAGGAUCAGCACAAAACUGCAUUUCAGACCAGAUACGGUCUGUACGAGUUUGUGGUGAUGCCCUUUGGCCUUUGCAAUGCUCCGGGUACAUUCCAGCACGCUAUGAAUAAGAUCUUCCAUGACUACUUAGAUAAGUUUGUCGUCGUGUACCUUGACGAUAUUCUUAUCUUUAGUAAGUCUGUCGAGGAGCAUGCACAACACUUAGAAAUUGUACUCUCACUCCUGCGACAGCACAAGUAUAAGGUCAACCUAGAUAAAUGUCUGUCAGCGGACAAGCCGCGAACUCAAGCACCACUUGGGUUGCUGAAGCCCUUACCUAUCCCCGUUGGUCGGGGACAGAGUGUUUCCAUGGAUUUCAUGGACACCCUGGUAACCAGCAGGAGUGGCAAGAGGCACAUCUUUGUCAUCAUAGACCGAUUCACCAAGUAUGCUAGACUCAUUGCCAUGCCAGAGACGGCGAGGACUGAACACGUCAUCAAGUUGUUUAUGGACAACUGGGUGCAUGAUUUUGGACUGCCAAAGUCAAUCGUUAGUGACAGAGAUGUCCGCUUUACAAGUGAGUUGUGGAAGAAGACUGCUGAGCAAUUGGGCAGUCAACUUCAGAUGACCUCCGGGAAUCAUCAUGAAGCCAACGGACAGGCCGAGAAGAUGAACAGAGUUGUACAACACCUGCUGAUGCAUUACAUCAAGCCCAGCCAGGAUGACUGGGAUGAGAAAAUGCCUCUCAUAGCCAGCCUGUACAACAACGUUGUGCACAGCAGUACCGACGUCAGUCCUAAUCAGCUGCACUUGGGAUGGAAGCCUAGAUCAGCUCUGGACUUCCUCCUGCCUGAAAAUCGACCUGCUGCAAACCCUGGUUCAAUAAAAUAUGGGGUGCAGUACAAGAAACUGCUGCAGCAAGCUGUCGAGCACAUUAAGAAGUCUCAGGAAGCAAUGAUUGCCUCUCAGAACAAACACCGUCGACAGUCCACAUUUCAGGCAGGGGAACGUGUCUGGGCGAAGGCUAGUGAGCUAGGACAGGAAUUCGGCAUCUCUAGAAAACUAAUGCCACAGUACUUCGGUCCUUGGGAAGUUUUAGACAUAGUUGGGGAUGGUUUGGAUGACCCUUCCUACGUUAUCCGUAUCCCUGGUCACCUACGCACUUACCCAGUUUUUCACGCCUCAAAGCUUGCACCUUUCUCUGAGACAAAUCAAUUUCCUUCACGGAGAUCAAUGCUGCCCCCAACCAUGGAUGGCCACGUGGACAUCGACGACAUUCUGGAACACAGAGACAUGCCUGUUCCAAGACCUCUGGGCCGAGGAAGACCUCCUAAGCCCAGAAGAGAGUACAAAGUCAGAUUCAGGCAUCACACAGAUCCGAAAGAAGAUCGGUGGUUCACCAGAGAGGAACUGGUUGAAACAGCUCCUCAGGUGGCCGCUGAAUAUGAAAGACAGCUAAAGGGGAAGGCACCUGCGAAGUAAGCAUCUCAACGGACUUUCGAAGCUAAGGGGGAUGGAAUGUGAGGACUGAGCCCUCAAAGGGGCCUUGCCGUGAUAUACAUGUUCUGGGCUAAGGCCCCCAGCAAGCCUCGUGCCUGCCCUAAGUGAAGGCGGGCCAGCAAAUCAACGAGAGCCCCUUUU